AGAAAAAUAAGACAAAUUGUGAAAAGCGUAACGAAAAUGUUGUUAAACGCGUUAUAAAAUGCUUUAUGUGUUAAUUAAUCUCACAUGUGAAACGUUAAAACGUGAAUUUAAUAGCAAAUCUGUGCAAAAUUUUAAAGUGCAAUAGUUUUUGGGGUUAAAGUGCAAUCAAUUCGUGCUACUGGGCCAAAUAUAUAAAUCAAAACAAGCAAAUAACCUUGUGGCAAUCGCAGUUCGAGCGCGCUACGAAAUCAGUAAAUAAAAUAGAAAGUCCAAUUACCAACAGCCGCCAGUGUAGUGAGUGUUGUGCAGAUUGCUUUCGAAUAAAUAUUUGUAAUAUUCUCAGCAAUAAUACACAUGCCUUAAAAUUUCACAACUGUGUUUUCUUCGAAAUCAGUUCCCGUGCAGUCAAAAAGUUUGUGCUGCACACUGACAAAAAUAUACGCACAAACACACACACAAGCAACUACGUACAUACGCAGUAACGUAUUUGUGUGCAUACGAAAGACGGAAAGAGGAAUUCGAAAAUAUACAAAGUACUUCCAUUCGGUAGUUUUUUUCAAUUCACAAAAAAAAAAAACAACAACACAAAAGUUAUAACGAAGAGUCUCAACAGCAAGAACACAAUUAACAGGACGGCAACAGCAAUAACAGUGAUUAGCAACGACAAAGAGGAAAAAAAUAGAAUAGUUAACAGACAGCAAUACAUUUACAUAUUUGAAUGCUGCUGAGGCUUCAUCAUUUCAUAAAAAAUGGUUUCGUUAAUUGAUACAAUCGAUGCGGCAGCGGAGGCUCAAAAGCAACGGAGCGCCGCUGCCGCUGCUGCAGCGACGUCGUCAAGCGCCAACGUCGCUGUCAACGCUGGAGACAAAUCGCCGCCCGCUGCUGCUGCAGGCGCUGCCUUGACAGCCAGCGGCAAGCCUAAGGAGAAACGAAGGAAUAAUGAAAAGCGCAAGGAAAAGUCACGAGAUGCGGCGCGUUGUCGUCGCUCCAAGGAGACAGAAAUAUUUAUGGAACUAUCUCAGGCAUUGCCGCUGAAGCCCGACGAUGUCAAUCAGCUGGACAAGGCAUCAGUGAUGCGCAUUACAAUUGCCUAUCUGAAAAUACGCCAGAUGCUCGAGUUUGUACCCAAUAUACGUGAGCCUAUUGACAUGGCCGACGGGGAUGCGACUGCGACACUGGUGAAGCCCAAGGUGGAAAACGAUAGCGAGGAUUGGCUUAAGUCCGCCGAGGCCAGUCAACUAUUGAAACAGACCAUGGAUGGCUUUUUGGUGGUGCUAUCCAAUGAGGGCGACGUCACCUACGUCUCGGAUAACAUUAUAGAUUAUCUGGGCAUAACAAAGAUUGAUACACUGGGCCAACAGAUCUGGGAGUACACGCAUCAGUGCGAUCAUGCCGAGAUCAAGGAGGCGCUUAAUCUAAAACGCAAUGGCAUUGCCGACAAGAUCAAGGAUGAGCAGCUAAUCGAAUCGGGCGUUAGCACACAUCAUCGCGAUCUGUUCGUGCGCAUGAAAUGCACUCUAACCAGAAGCGGGCGCAGCAUCAAUAUCAAGAGCGCCUCCUAUAAGGUUAUCCACAUAACCGGUCAUUUGCGCGUCAAUAGCAAAGGCGAGCGUGUGCUCAUUGCCAUUGGUCGACCCAUUCCGCAUCCCUCGAACAUUGAAAUACCGCUGGGCACCAGCACAUUUCUGACCAAGCACAGCCUCGACAUGAAGUUUACCUAUGUGGAUGACAAAAUGCUCGCACUGCUUGGCUAUCUGCCUGUCGAUCUUCUCGAGACUUCGCUUUUCGAUUGCCAGCAUGGCGCCGACUCGGAGCGUCUGAUGGCCACCUUUAAGAGCGUGCUGAGCAAGGGACAGGGCGAAACGUGUCGCUACCGUCUACUGGGCAAAUUUGGCGGCUACUGCUGGAUCGUGACGCAGGCGACGAUUGUUUACGAUAAGUUAAAGCCGCAGAGCGUUGUCUGCGUAAAUUAUGUCAUCAGUAAUCUUGAGAACAAACAUGAGAUUUAUUCACUUGCACAACAAACGGCGGCAAGUGAGGAACAGGAAAACAAGAAACAACAGCAACAACUACCUGAAACUAACAACAACGAGACAACAAGCAACGCUGCAACAGCAAUUGAUAAACAAGUUGCCGCAGAAGCAACAACAACAACAACUGCAACAACAACAGCAACUGCAACUGCAACUGCAACUUUAGAGCUAGCGGAGAAACCCAAAGUGAUUGAGACUCCAAGCGAAAAAGCAACAAUUGAAUCAACAACAACAACAAACACAGCAACAAACACAGCAACAGCAGCAACUGCAACUGCUGCUGCAACUAACCCACCAGCAACAACAACAAACACAACAACCAACACCACAACAACCUCAUUUUUAGACAUAAUAUCGAAAUCAAAACAACAACAAGUGCAACCUGAGCUGCUUAUCAAACGUGAAAAUAACUCACCUGGGCCGCGCACCAUCACCGCUCAGCUCCUUAGCAAUUUGCGCGUCAACAACAACAACAGCAACAACAACAGCUGCGACAACUUGCUGGCACGCGAAGAGAAACGUCCCAAAUCGGUGACCGCCUCGCUCAUACGCAGCACACCCCCCGCCGCUGUGUGCAAGAAAAAUUUUGUUGCAGCCACACUGCAAACGCUGCCGCCCACAACAACAACAACAGCUGCCAUACUGCACUCCAGCAAUCAACAGCAGCAACAGCAGCAGCAACAGCAGCAGCAACAAUUGCAGCAGCAGCAGCAACAACAACAAGCACAAGAUAUGAAUAAAGGAUUCUUAUCAUUCGUUGAUGAUGGCCGAGGCUUAACAAUGCUGAAAGAGGAACCGGAUGAUUUGUCGCAUCAUUUGGCCAGCAGCGCCUGCAUACAGCUGGAUGAGAUGCCGCCCUUCGGCGAGAUGCUGGGUCUCAUGAGCUCCUGUUUGCUGCCCGAUGAUAUCAAUUCUUUGGACUCGACCACCUGCUCGACAACAGGCAGUGCACCGCUCUAUCACAACAACAACAAUAACAACAACAGCAGCAACAACAAUAGCAGCAGCAACAGCUACAAUAGCAAUCGUCAGAGUUUAAGCACAGCAGCAAAUGCGGGCUCAGCUAGCAGCAGAACUAACAGCAACAACAGCAGCAGCUGCAGCAGCAGCAACAGCAACAUCAACGGCAGCAGUAAUUGCAGUAACAGUCAACAACAAAGUCAGGAUAACAGCAGCAGCCACAGCAACAGCAACAGCAGCAGCAGCAACAUUGAUCCGCUGUUCAAUUAUCGCGAUGAAUCGAAUGACACCAGCUGCUCACAGCAUUUGCACUCGCCCAAGACACCCGAGGACAGCAGCUUGCCCUCGCUGUGCAGCCCGAACUCUUUGACCCAGGAGGAGGAUUUCUCAUUUGUGGACUAUGAUAUGCGCGCACCCUAUAUAGCCAUGGACGAUGACAUGCCGCUGCUCACCGAGGGCAAUGUCAUGUGGGGCUCCGAGGUGGACAGCAUGCAAGAGCAUUUGCAACAAUGGCAGCAGCAGCAGCAACAGCAGCCACAACAGCAGCAGCAGCAACAGCAGCAACAGCAGCAACAGCAGCAAUAUAACAGCUAUCAGCAACAGUCUGUGCACCAGCAAUCACAUCAGCAACAGCAGCAACAUUUUUCCAGUUCGCUGUGCUCCUCGCCUGCCUCCACAGUGUCCUCGCUGUCGCCGUCGCCCGUGCAGCAGCAUCAACAGCAGCAACAUUCAAAUGUUUUUAGCACCGGCUCCAGCGAGCUGGCAGCAAUGCUUUGCGGCAGCGGCAGUGGCACGCUCUCAAUUUUGGACAAUGCCUCGAUCGAGGAUCGUUUGCAGCAGCAGCAGCAGCAGCAGGACUUUCGCAGUUUCCAGCAGUUGCAGCAGCUGCAUGAGGAGGAGCAACAGCAACAGCAGCAACAGUUGUUGAGCCUUAGCAUUGAGUGCAAAAAGGAAAAAUAUGAUGUUUCAUUGGCCGCCAGCUUAUGUCAUUCAAUUGAAGAUGCAUUUGAGAAUGAUUACAGCAAAGAUUCCAACAAUCUGGAUGGCUGGCCCGAUUUUCUGCAAAUCAAUGUGGCUGAGGCCAGCAACAGUCCCGCAGUUUCACCAGCGACAAGCAAAGUGUCACCAUUGCAGCUGCUGCAGCAGCAACCCUUGCAGCUGCAACAGCCACAGUUGGAGCAGCAGCAACAGCAACAACAGAAUAUCAUAUUGAAUGCAGUGCCAUUGAUAACCAUACAAAGCAGCAAGACAAUGUUGCAACAGCAACAGCAACAGCAACAGCAGCAGCAACAACAGCAACAGCAAUCAGAGGAGGAGUUGCAGGAGCUGGUAGUGUCGGGCAAGCUGCCCGCCAUGAGGCUAUUGAGUGGCACCAAGGCAACCAUACGCGUAGUGGAAAGCAAGGCCACGCCAACAACAAAGGCAACCUUGCUGCAAACAAUAUUGCCACAGCAGCAACAACAGCAGCAGCAACAGCAGCAGCAACAUGGCAGCAAGCGUCAUUUAAACAGCCAAUCUGCUGCAGAUUCGAAACGCCUGAAGAGCGGCACCAUGACGCUAGAGGUGCAGUCGCCACAGCUGCUGCAGCAGCUGAUGGGCAAGGAGCAACAGCAGCAGCAGCAGCAGCAACAACAGCAGCAACAGCAGGCAAACAAGCGGCAUGCAAGCGAACGCUGGUCCACGGCAGCUGAGGCCAAGCAGCAGAAACAGCAUCAGCAGCAGCAGCAACAACAACAGCAAAAACAACAACAAGAACAACAAGAACAGUCAAGCUCCGUGCUAAAGAAUCUGUUGGAAAAACAGAAAGACGUUGCCAUGCCCAUGACCAUUGACGACAACUCUCUGGACCAGGUGGUGUCGCCCUGCCUUGCAUUGGGCAAGUAUACGAUGCCGAUGCCCAGCCACACGACGACAGCGACGGUUUUGCGCAACUAUCGCAACAACCCACUGAUCAGUGGCACCAGCUUGCAGAUGUCGCCGGUCUUUCCGAGCUGCGAUGCCGCCAACGUCGGCUGCGAUGGUGAUGCCAGCUCGGUGGCCUCUUUAGAUGAUUUCAUGCCGCCAGCGCUGACCGCCUGCGACACGGAUGCCUCCAGUGACAGCGGCAUCGAUGACAACAGCCUGGUCGAGACGGGUAUGGCCAGGAGGUCGCUGCAAAAUAAGCGCGAGGCAGUGCCCAUGGAUGUUGCCUCGGUGCCGCCGGCACCGCCGCCGCAGUGCGAGGAAGAUAUCAAUGAUCAGAUGGAGACAAUUAGCAGCAAUGCGACCAGUCGCAAAUCCUCUAUAUCCUUCAUAGACAGCAGCAAUCCGCUGCUGCGUACACCCUACCUAAUGGAUCUAUGCAACGACGACUACAGCUUCGAGUUUACCAACAGCCAACUGGACACGGGGCUGAGCUACCUGGAGAUGCCCUAAACGCCUCCAUCAUUAGGUGGAGCAUUGCAUUUUAUUUUACGCAAGCAUCAUUUUGUUUUCUAGUUGGGUUUUGUUUAUUUUGGCAUUUACAGCGCGUUGGUAUGGAAAAGUUAACAGAAGUAAAAUUAAAGCAAAAAUAAAAUAUUAAUUUUUGAGCCUUGCGUAAAUAUGAAAAUUACAAAUAUAGCCAACGACCGCGCUCCGAAAAACAACCAGACGACACACACAAAAACAGGAAUGGUUUAAAAUAUUUUGAAUAGUUUUGUAGCAACUUUAACUGCCUAGAACAGAUGAAUAUACAUGUAUGUAAUUUAGUCGUAAUGUUUCUAUAUGCAACAAAAAAGUUGAGAAGAAAACCCCAAAAACCACAUAAAACAAAAAAAAAAACAAAAACAUAUAAAAACUUUACCGAAAUAAGUAAAACUCGUACACAAGCAAAAAGAUACACACAAAAAAAAAAAAAAAAAAAAAAA